AGUAUCAAUCCUGAAUUCCAAGAAAUUCUGGAUCCCCAAGAGAAUAAUUCGGUUUGAUAUUGUUCAAACCCGUUGGGUUGGGGUUAGCAUCAUCAUCAWUCAUCAAUGUCAGCCAGAAGCGAUCUGUCCACCAUUGUUAUUCUGCUUACCCUCGGACUCGCGCUUGCCGUCGGAAGCUGGAUUUUGGUUCCGAGGUCAAAAGCAUAUGGAGGUAUGUACGAAACAACAAGGAAGUUCUGGAUCGAAACAAUGAGGAGGUAGAUUGCUUUCGUAUCUGAUGUUGUCUUACGCUCUCCAGUCGGCAUUUGUCCCCUGAAACUUGAAUAGACUCAACAAUAAUUCGUAUAGACCCAACAGAAAUAAGAACAACUGUUGAAAAUGUCACAAAUCCGCCAGGCAAAUCAAUGUUUCCAAAAAAGAUAUUUUCCGUUAUCGGGCUCGAAUCUUCUGGGACAACAUUUGUUUCCAGAAUGAUCGCUAGAGCUCUCGGUGUGGAAUUGAUCGAAGGAUCAAGGCCCAACCGGUUGGCCUUGGAGCGUACCAGUGAUAUUCAAGUUCAGCAUUUCUCACUCCCAUGGGUACGUGUACGAAAUUGUGAUGUGAAAACGUUGUCUCUUUGUUGUUUCCUUUUUGCUAUUCUUUGCGUCGCGAGAUGAGCGAUGAGAUGCGAUCAGGAUUCGUUUCGAUCUAAAUCAAAUCUUGGCGUCUYWCCACAAUUUCUCUCCGUCCACAGGGUGCGGGCUGCCAGAAGUUUCCGACCCAAGUGAUUCAGAAUGUUGUGUUGCCAGCAGAGUGUUCUGUACCUCUAGUAUACAGUACAUCAAGCUACACCGAGUUGAAGCUGGAGUGUUUGAAAAUGGCGAGAGAGGCGGGGAUUCAGGUAGGCUACAACAGACUAAUAUACCCUACUCGCUAUCUUUUAGAUAUAGUCUCAAGCAAAGAAUGGUAUAAGUCCCGUGGAAUCGAUCAAAUAUUCAUCAUAGUAGUACGUGACCACACAGUAUCGCAGAGAGCACGGGUGAAACACUGCAAGAACGAAACACUUUUGAAAGAAGAGGAAAAAACUGGAACCGAUAUCAUUACCCGCGCAAUCAAUAAGUACAUACUGAAGAGCAGGAGGCUAUCUAUAUCAUCCCUAGACUCUUUGUUUGGUGACAUAUCUCCGAAAGCAAUGAACGCGACGAACGAUUACCACCGAGGUCACGAGCAUCGAAAAUUGUCUCUCACGGCUCCUCUCCAAGGUGAUAACGGCGUGGUUCUGGUGUCGUACGAGUCACUCAAUCAAUUGGGGGAUGUAUACGUCAAACUUCUUUACGAAACCUUAGGUAUUGAAUCAGAUACCAUGCCAACAAUAGAAGACGGGAACACUAAAUACAUCAAAAACAAGUCGAAACUGAAAGAUAUUAACAGACCAAAAGGCUCCGGAUAUGGAGCACAGGCAGCCCGAGAAAAAGACGUCCUGGAACGUUAUAAAAAAGAGUUAGAAAAGCGGAAAAGAGAYAGAGAAAAGAAGCAAAUUUCAGAUUGACGAGUGGGGAUGACAUUUGUGCUAGGCGAGAAUGGAAAGCAUGUUCGAAAGACUGGGGUCAAGAGAAGCAGCCAGAAUGCGGACCAUGACAACUUUGGACCAUGAUCUCAGUCAUGUAGAGCAGAAGGGUACUUCAACGACGAAACAAGAAAAUCUUUUCUAAACAAAAACAUCUAAAAUAACAAUUCUCUCAUAGUAUUCAACAUAGCAAUCACGAUAAAUCCCAAUAGAUAAACGAGAAUUAA